GGGAUUUUAAAAAAAAAGUCUGGCCAGUCCCACGCGGGGAGGAGAGUGACACCCCUGGUCCUUGCAUAGCCUAUAAAACAGAGCUGAGCACCUCAACCCUCCAGCUGUAGAAGCAAAAUACUCAUCGAGCUGAAACCCCAGCGAACUGCCAGUGAAACGCGCCGGGUUGUACGAUGGUUCGACUUGGAGGUUCCCCUGUCCUGUUGUGGGCGAGCUGCCUGGGUCUGGGUCUGGGUCUGGGUCUGGUUCGUGUGGUGGAAGCCGCUGCCUGCGAACCCAUCCGAAUCCCGAUGUGCAAGCCCAUGCCCUGGAACAUGACCAAGAUGCCCAACCAUCUUCACCACAGCACGCAGGACAACGCCGUGCUGGCCAUCGAACAGUACGAGGGCUUGGUGGGCAUCAACUGCAGCCCAGUGCUGCUCUUCUUCCUCUGCGCCAUGUACGCGCCCAUCUGCACCAUCGACUUCCAACACGAACCCAUCAAGCCGUGCAAGUCGGUGUGCGAGAGGGCGAGGGACGGCUGCGAGCCCGUCAUGAGAAGGUACAACCACACCUGGCCCGAGAAUCUCGCCUGCGAGGAGUUCCCCGUCUACGACCGCGGAGUCUGUAUCUCCCCAGAAGCCAUUGUAACAGCCGAUGCACCCGGAACAGUUCCGGACUUAUCCGUUCAUUCUUCCAAUAACAACUGCAGAAACCUGGGAGGUGACAGCUGCAGGUGCCCAGCGCUGAAGCUCACCCAGAAAGUUUACCUGAAGAACAACUACAAUUACGUGAUUCGAGCUAAAGUGAAAGAGGUCAGGAAUAAGUGCCACGAUGUGGCCACGACGGUGGAAGUGAAAGAUGUUCUCAAAUCUUCUCUGGUGAACAUCCCGAAGGAAACGGUGACGCUUCACACCAGCUCCGCCUGCCUCUGCCCAGAGAUCAGAACCAACGAGGAGUACGUGAUAAUGGGCUACGAGGAUGAAGAGAGGGCGAGGUUAUUGUUGGUGGAGGGUUCCAUAGCCGUGAAAUGGAAGGAUCGACUUGGGAAAAGAAUCAAGAACUGGGAUCUGAAGCUGCGCCAGGACAGAAGAAAAGGGAGAAGCGGUCAACAAAAUGGAGAGAAACGUAUUCAGCCGAGAGAUACAGCAGUCGCAUCCAGACAGAGGAACAAAAGGAGGAAUGCUAAACAAUCACGGCAGUAAACGUUUUGCACCAGGAGGUCCUUUGAGCAGUCUACAAAUGUAUGAAUUCUUGGAGUGGCACAAGAACUUUGCACUAUUGCACGUAUGUCCUAAUAACGACUAUGAAAUUUAGCUAUUCUAUAACUUUGUCUUUUGUCCUUUUUGCACGGAUGUUAGUGUGAUCAAAAACAAAGCAGCGUCAAAUUCCUGCACUGUACUCAUUUGCGAAGAAUCUCCCAGAGUAUGUUGGGGAGUGGAGUCAAUGGGGCUGCUUUUAAUCCAAUGGUACACAUUUAUUGCAUUUCUAGGUUACACAACCAGAGACUGUGGUCACAUAUUCAGUGAAAGAAUGUCUGAACAAGGGUCUGCGGUGUGUGGGGAUCGGAAUGUUCAGGUGUAGUUGAUGUCUGAAGGCCAAGAUUGUACAGCCCCAAAACAGAUUGUUGCAUGUCUGAUCUGAUGCGAAUAAAGUUACCGCACGGCUGGCUCAGUUUGGUCAAUAUUGUGAGCUAAGAGGUUUAGGACGACCAACAGCACUUGCAAAACAAACACUGGAUAUAACAUGCCAAUAUUAUUUGGUCGCUUGUUUAAUCAGCCUUAUCCAAUUAUAUCUACAAUUAGUAAUGGAGAAAAUGUACAAACUGCAAGAUGAUUGUGGGAUGGAAGGAACAAUGCUUGCAUCAAAUUAGUUUUAACAUUUUAUGUUUUAUGAACUAUUAAAUACAUUCUUUUGAAAAUCA